GCCAUCACAUCUUCUCCUCAAGGAAAUCAAAUCAAACUUCAACUUCCACCUGACUGAAGCAAUCAAAAUCUCUCACAACAAACCCUAAACACAUUUCUCUUUAAUUAUUCUCCUUCUGCAAAUUCGUCUGUAAUCUGCAAAACCAUUAGGGUUUUUGUUAGCAAAGUGAUUAAGAUGGAAGACCAGCUAAAUUUCAAGGCAACUGAGCUAAGAUUAGGAUUGCCUGGAAGCUCCGAGGAGCCUGAGAACAAAAAAGCAGCAGCAUCUCCUCCUAUGACAAAGAAUAACAAGAGGGCCUCGCCGGAUUCAACAGCUGAGGAAUGCUGUACAAAUUCUGAUCACAUAGAUGCCCCUCCCACCAAGACACAAGUAGUAGGGUGGCCUCCAAUCAGAUCUUACAGGAAAAACAGUUUGCAACUGCAAAAGUCCGAUGUGUACGUGAAAGUAAGCGUCGAUGGAGCUCCUUAUCUGAGAAAGAUUGAUCUCAAGAUUUACAAUAGCUACCCGGAACUCAUCAAGGCCUUAGAGAAGAUGUUCAACCUAGCCAAUAUUAAUGGAUCGGAUUUUGCUCCGACUUAUGAAGACAAAGAUGGUGACUGGAUGCUUGUUGGAGAUGUCCCAUGGACUAUGUUUGUUUCUUCCUGCAAUAGGCUGAGAAUUAUGAAGGGAUCGGAAGCCAGAGGAUUGACUACUUGUUUCUGAAGGCAUGCAAAAAGAGGGAUGAAUAUAUACAUUAAGGAGGCACUUAAAACUCCUCAAAACUACAGGAAAAGACACUGAUAUACAUGGAGCUCAGACAAUACACUUUCUUUUUUUUCUUUUGUUUUCGAAAUCGAUAUUUGCUUAAAAAACAAGGUACCCGGACAAGAAACUUAUUAGCUGGGAUGCAAAUUGUACAGAGAGGAUGACAUGUUCCAUUUGUCCUAAUAAUAUUAGGUUAUAUAUAUAUAACGAUAAGGUUACACAAUGUGAAAUCCCGUCCCAAAUUUAGCGUAUUUUCAUAAUAACGGACUUAUGAAAUUACCAUUUUGCCCUUGAAUUGACCUUGUUUGACCGUCUCGUUGAAACGCUUAGUUUUAAUUUUAUGAAAUGAUUCUUAAUGUACUUAUCGCCACGAACGUGUAGGCGCAAACGGAUUCAAAUUCGGAUUUAUAAUGAAAAUCCUACGUUCAAACAUCAAACGUUUUUCGAAUAUUUUGUGUUUCAUAUAUUACGUUCUUAAAUUGCAAACCAAGGAGGACCCACAUGGAAAUUUUGUCCCUUUAGCCCCUCACCCUAUCCGGAUCUCCCUUUCCUUUUUGGGAUAUUUUCCCUAUGCUUUAGUAUUAUAUUAAUACUCUCUCUCUCUUCAUCUAUCUCACUUUCUCUUUCUCUCUAACUUUCUCCACUCUCCCCGAGCUCUCUCCCUCUCUGCAAGCUCUCCCUCUCCUCUCUAUGACUCACUCACACACACAACAAACAACCACCACCACCUGGAUGUGCAACCCGGAGAACCCCAAGUCGAGUUGGUGCUCCACCAUGGCAGUCACGGCGAUCACUUCCCCAACGAGCUCUGGUGGUUUUUGUGAAUUUUUUGACGAAGGACAUAGGAACGAGGUAUACGAUUCGAGCUACGAGGCAUUCCCCUACCAGUAAUAUUGAGUCAUCCUCUCUGCUUUCGACAUCACUUGUAAUAGCAUUUUCUGUCACACCUUUCACUUGUAUUCUGAAUUAGAUCUAUGCUCUGAGCAUGUCAUGCAUUAUCACUAUCAUUUUAUUGACGGUUGAAUAUUAUUAUAUUAUUUUGGUAAGAUUUGUAUAUGAAUAUUACAUUGUGUAAUUUGCGCGAAAUUCGUAUGCAUGUUUCACAUGUUCUCGACA